UGCGGAUCCUGCGAAACGACACAGUGGGCAUGGCGGAAGCAAAGGACGGCAGCGACAACGAGCUCGAGCAGCUUCAGUUCAAGGUGAUCAUCUUGGGUGAUGGGGCUGUUGGGAAGACUUCCAUUGCGAUGCGUCACACGGAGGAUUCGUUCUCAAACGUGUACAAGCAAACGAUUGGACUCGACUUCUAUCUCAAGCGCCUGUCGCUUCCAGGCGACGUCCAAGUGGCGCUGCAAAUAUGGGACAUUGGCGGGCAAUCGAUUGGGGGCAAGAUGCUCAAAAACUACAUCUUUGGCGCUCAUGCCGUGCUCCUUGUAUACGACAUUACAAACUACGAAAGCUUUCAGAACUUAGAGGACUGGCUUCGACUGGUCCAGCGCACGUUUGGCGAGUCCAAGUUGCCUUACAUUGGCUUGUGUGGGAACAAAUCCGACUUGAACCAUCUCCGCACGGUGAAGGCCGCGAAGCACAAACAGUUCGCCGACGAGAACGACAUGAAGAGCUACUUGCUGUCGGCCAAGACUGGCGAUCAAGUGAACUCGACGUUCUUUCAACUUGCAGCCGACUUGGCCGGCGUGAUCGUGACCCGCCCCGAGGUCGAGGUCACGUCGCCCGCUGUUAAAGCCACGAUUAUCAACCACGAGCAGAACGACCCAGACGUGAAGGCUCCAGACAUGCGCAAGCAGUCGAAAGGGUGUUUGAUUCAGUGAGGGUCGUAUCGUGAGCAACUCUUAACACGGGGAGAAGAGAUGAUUGCGCUACGGCUACAUCAUUGUGUUACUCAA